CGACAAAUGUUUCUGUGGAGACUCUACCACUUCCCCUUUCUUUCACUACUCUUCUUCCCCUUUUCCUUCCUCCCCUUUAAAUACACAUACACUCCAAAGAAAAAUGGUAUUUUGGUCCUACCCACCAACCCCCAAGCAGCUCAAACUCACUCUCUGCGGCGUCACCGCCGGUGCUAUCCUCAUCACCGCCGGUGCCUAUCUUUCCUUUUCCAAUAUUGCCCCUCAACAAGCCCGCGUUAAGGCCCGAAAAGAUUAUAUCAAAGCCCGACUCAAACAGCUUGUACAAGAAGAUUAAAGCUUUUGGUAAAUUUUUGGCUUGCUCUUGGAGAUUAUGCUUGCACAUUGGCUCUUUGAUUGAAUUUUCCUGCCUGUCAUCAGCAAAUGAUUCCUGUUUAUGCUGUGUGCCCAGUACUAUACCGUGGAUACAAAUGCUGCAUUGUCUGCGGCAUUUAUCAUUAACAGCAACAACUGGCAGCUCACCUCCAGCUUUGGAAGGUGGCUUAGUUGAGGAUAACACAGCAAGUUCCCAACCUUCACCUACCGUUAACCUAUCACGAGCAUAUACCCUUGCUGUUCAAACUUCUUCCUAUGGCGAGAUAUGGUCCAAGGUCCACCAUGAGGUCCAUUCUGACCUUAGUGUGGAGGUAGCACAAGUUGAGUUCCAGGAGGAGCCGCUGCAAUUAGACGAUGUCCUUAAACCAAGUCAUGAGUGUGUCCAAGAGGCACUUUUGCAUAUAAAACCAGAUGCCCUAAACCAACUUAUUGCUAAGUACUUUGACGAUAGUGAGCAAACCACUCGUAUCUGUAUCCUUUUCUCUCAAAGUGUAAACCAAGCUCGAGUUUUGUAUGCCCCUAUUCAUAAGCUUCUCGAUGUCCUUCCCCUGGACAUGGAGUCUGCUGGACAUUCCCUUUCGCAAGCUCAAUGUGAUUGGGCGUUUGACAUCUUCCUCCAAUUUGACAGCCUCGCCAAUCCCUUUCCUGGACGUGACACCCAUAACUUCAAUGAUAUGCGUCAUUGCUACUUCCAGCUAAAGAGUGAGCUCGACCUUCUUUUACGCAAGUCACGUUCAAAGGUCCAACUUCUCCGCCAUGCUACCAGAGGCUCAGUCGUAUGUUUAGUUGCAGCUACUGUUGGAGUGGUCAUAUCAGCUGUUGCUAUAGCUACUCAUGCUUUUGUCGCCCUUGUUGCAGCCCCAAUAUGCCCUGCUUUCCUCCCUUCAAAACUGGCAAAAAAAGAACUAGUCCAUCUGGUGCAGUUCGAUGAUGCAACAAAGGGGAUCUUUUUCCUCCACAAUCACUUAGAAACAGUAAAUUGCUUGGUAGGCCGAUUAUAUGAUGCAGUGGAAUACUACAAGCGCCUUGUGCGCUUUGCGCUAGAGAGAGGAAAAGACCGGUACCCGAUCCAGGAGGUAGUGAAGCAACUUCACGGGAAACAUAGCAAUUUUCUGGAAGAGCUGCUGGGUUUUGAGGAGCAUUUGUGCCUAUGUUUUGCUGCAAUAAAUAAGGCCAGAGGCCAUCUUCUCAGCUAUCUCCUCCAUCAAAAUCAGGAUCCUGGAUGAUUAGUUCGCGUAAUACUAUCUGAUGGUGCGUGCUGCUCAGUAGCUUCAGGGUGCAAGAGACGAGGAAAUUUCCGUUGUCAUCAGAAGACUGUUAACAGCUACCUCCCCAGCAAGAAGCUUCUUGUCUUAACCAUCUUCAGGAGUUUUUGAUAUCCUGAUAAAACUUCCCCUAUAACUAUAGCCCUCAUCGGUGAAUCGAAAACUUGACAUGGGUGAUUAGCUAACCCAUUAUGAUGAUUAGUAUCUAUUGCGUUUUAGAAUUAGCCGACAGGUCUGAUCGGAGAUCUUGAAGAGGCAAGGAUUUGUGUUUCCCUCAUUUCCAGUGUCAUUGAACGGUUAUUUAGAAGAUUAUUUUGUCAGCACAGGAUAUAACUAUAUACUGUUGAUGUUGUACUCCUUCCUUCUGUUAUUUACAUGAUAAACAAAAUUACUAAAUAUAACGAUGAUUACUCCAG